AUGGAAUCAUUUAAUAGGAAGAAGGAAGGGCAGUCUUCAAUUCUCUUGAAGUCACCAGAUGAAUACUGGCAAGAGAUAAGAGCUGCUCAGUCCAUGCAUGAAGUGGUGUUAUCUAACAAGGCAAAAUAUUCUCCAAAUGAGAAUGCUCAAGAAAGUGGUAGUGCUAACGUUGAAGCACCAAGUCGAGACAAUAUUGAGUCAACAUCUGCUUCAUCACUCUCAGCUGAUGAUUGA